UCCGCCGGGAUUGACGGGACGAGGAGGAGGAGGAGGCAGAGGAGGGGUGGGAAGCGGAGGCAGCGGCGCCGCUUCCCUAUGGGAAUCCCGACGCUUCCCGCCUCAAGCCUCGGCAAUGGGACCCGGCGCAGGGGAUGCUGGGAAGGGGGCGGGUCCGUCCCGUCCCGUGGCGUAACCGGUUGUACCGGAGCCGCAUCCGGAGCGGAGCUGGGAUGGAGACGUUCGUGCAGCGGAACCGGGAGGCUCUGCAGGAGCACAUCCGGCACCACCGGCACAUCCACGUGGUGAUGGGCAACGAAGCCUGUGACCUGGACUCCACCGUCUCAGCCAUGGCCCUGGCCCAUUACCUGGCACAGACCUCCCCGGAUCCCACAGCCUUCAUCCCGGUGCUGAACAUCCCCCGGUCCGAGCUCCCGCUGCGCACGGAGACCACGUUCCUGCUCCGGGAUCACGGCAUUCCCAGCGCAUCCCUCAUCUGCCGGGAUGAGAUCGACCUGGAUGGGCUGCACCGUGCUGGGAUCCUCACCCUCACCCUGGUUGACCACAAUGUCCUGCCCCGCACUGACGCAGCCCUGGAGGAUGCUGUGGUGGAGGUCCUGGACCACCGGCCGCUGGAACGGCCUCGAGGCUGCCCAGUGACCGUGGCACUGGUGGGGUCCUGUGCCACACUGGUGACCGAGCGCAUGGCACAGGGACCCCCGGGGGUGCUGGACAGGACCACGGCCGCUCUGCUGCAUGCCACCAUCAUCCUGGACUCCAUCAACCUGAGCCCAGCCGCUGGCAAGGUGACACCAAGGGAUGUGGCCUGUGUAUCCCUGCUGGAGGAGAGGUUCCCUGACCUGCCAGACCGGGACACCCUCUUCAGGACCCUGCAGACAGCCAAGUUUGAUGUGUCGGGGCUGAGCACGGAGCAGAUGCUGCGGAAGGACCUCAAAGUCCUCUCCGGUGAUGAGCUGGUCCUUGCCAUCAGUGCCAUCUAUGUGGGGCUGGAGCACCUCUCCCAUCCAGGCCUUCCUGCACAGACCUGGGUUGCUGCAGGACCUGGAUGCUUUCUGCCAAGCUCAGGGCUAUAUGGGGCUGGUGGCCAUGAUCGUCCCAUACAACGAGAGCCAGGAGCUCAGCCGGCAGCUCAUGGUUUACAGCCAGCACCAGAACCUCCGCAGUGCCGUGAGAUGGGGGCCGGGACCCCAAACCCCAUAGACAGGGGCUGGGGUGGCAGCCAGGCUGUGGCUCACCCCAAAACCCGCUGGGUUCGGGGCAUUAACCCCAUUCCCCCUUUCCAGGUGUGCCGGGCGCUGGAGGAGGCCACAGCACCAGCUCUGCACCUCCAACCCAUCCCGACCCCAUGGUCCUGCAUCACUGCCUACAACCAGGGCAAUGCUUUGGCAUCGAGGAAGAAGGUGCUGCCCAUCCUCAAGGCAGCGCUGGCAGCGCCCGGUGCUGCCAUGGGGGGGCCGGAGGAGGAGGUGGUGCCACCACCCACCCCUAUGAACAGCCUGGUGGAGGAGAGCCCCCUGGCACAGGCUGUGCCCCCCAUCUGCCCCCAUGAUGUCCUGGAGCGCGUCAGCCGCAUCGCUGUGGGGCAGCCCCCCGGCUCCCCCAAGUAACAGCAUCAGCGCCCCAUGGAUGGGGGGUCCAUACAAGGUGGGGGCAUGGUGGGGUGUUUGGGGCUCCCCCAUAGGGAUGGGGUCCCAUUGCAGUUCGCACCCCCAGUCCUGCUGGGGUUUGGUCCUCCCAGGUGGGAUUUUGGGGACCCCAUGGGCAUUAGGGCAGCAGCACUCACAUGCACUUUAACAAAGGCAUUGGGGGGGCAAGGGGGGUGUUAAUGGUGGUGGGGCUGGAUGUGCAGCCACCCCAAUGCUGUACCCAUGUGCUCCCAGGAUUAAACUCCCCUCCUGGA